AACCCCUGUGCUUUAAUGCGACCAUCAUCAAUUCACUCGCCCGCCACUGCAGCAUCCUCUUCUUCUCCUCCUACUUUACAUUACCACCACCAGUCCACCACCUUCACUCGGCUCGGCGCGCUGCUACAGGCUUUGCUGGUGUCUGCGUUCCUUACUGGCCCUCGGCGGCGGCAAGCGUACGUCGGGAUGGGCGCCGCGACGCGGUCGGCAUUGGCGUCAACCGGCCGUGUGGCGAACGAGGCCGUCAGCUUCGUGGUGUUCAUGUUGCUGGACGUGCUCGAGGUGCUGUUGUGCAUCGUCUACAAGGUGGCGGACUACGUCGUCGAGGGAGCGUGGCGGCCGUGCUACUGCUCGCGGUCGUCCUCGGCGUCGGCGGCGGCGGGGGCGACGGGGAAGAUCGUCGUGUCGGAGCGGGGAGGGUCCAAGGUGGUCAGCAUGCUGUCGGCCACCAGGCUGCACCUGGAGGACAUCUCCGACACGCUCUACACGCGCCCGUCCGUGCUCGCCUGCGCCGCCGCCACCGCGUCGGCGUCGUCGUCCUCACCAAGGCGGAGCGUGAGGGUGCCGUCCACACCAGCGGGGGUCACCGUGCACUCCGCCAUCGUGCAGAUGCUGCGGGGCAAGAUCGGCGUCGGCGACGGCAAGCACAAGCCGUACCCGUCGACGCGGUGGUCCGACUGCCACUGCGCCAACUGCAACCCGGCCGACACCGACCGCCUCUUCGUCCACGUCGAGGCGCCGCAAGACGGCGCGGCGACGGAGGAGGACGUGCUGUUCAUCCACGGGUUCAUCUCGUCGUCGGGGUUCUGGACGGAGACGGUGCUCCCCAACGUGAGCCCGGAGGCGCGCGCGCGGCGGCGGCUGUUCGCCGUGGACCUCCUCGGGUUCGGGCGCAGCCCCAAGCCGGCGGACUCGCUGUACACGCUGCGGGAGCACGUGGAGAUGAUCGAGCGCUCCGUCAUCGAGCGGCACGGGGUGAAGUCGUUCCACAUCGUCGCGCACUCGCUCGGCUCCAUCCUCGCGCUCGCGCUCGCCGUCAAGUACCCCGCCGCGGUCAAGUCCCUCACCCUCGUCGCGCCGCCGUACUUCCCGGUGCCGCGAGGGGAGGUGGGCACGCAGUACGUGCUCCGGAAGGUGGCACCGCGGCGGGUGUGGCCGCCGAUCGCGUUCGGGGCCUCGGUGGCGUGCUGGUACGAACACCUCAGCCGCGCCGUCAGCAUCGUGCUCUGCAAGCACCACCGCCUCUGGGAGCUCGCCUUCCGGGUCUUCACCCUCUACAGGGUAAGGACAUACCUCAUGGACGGCUUCUUCUGCCACACCCACAUUGCCUCAUGGCACACCCUCCACAACAUCAUCUGCGGCAGCGCCGGCAAGAUCGACAAGUGCCUCGAGAUCGUCAGGGACCAGCUCACCUGCGACGUCACCGUCUACCAUGGCAGGGACGACGAGCUCCUCCCGGUGCAAUGCAGCUACGCGGUGAAGGCGAAGAUCCCGCGCGCCCAGGUCAAGGUGAUCGACGGCAAGGACCAUGUCACCAUUGUCGUUGGACGUCAGAAGGACCUGGCCAGGGAGCUGGAGGAGAUCUGGGACAGGAAACGGUGACGAUGCAGAGCGAUACAUAGGAUAAAGAGAUCACAGAGAGUGUUAAGAGGGCACCUCAGAAUGAGUUUAACAGAAGGGUGGGUCUUCGAAGAAGAAGAAGAAGAACGCGACUGUAAUGAGCAACAGGUUUCUGAAUGAAGGCAACAGGAAGUGUAAGGGCAGAAGGGCUCGAGAGAAAUGUGAAGGUUACCUAAUUACAUUUACCCUUUUCUUUUUCAUUGUUUUUCUUCUCAUUCUCAAGUUUUCAUAUUGAAGGCUGAGAAAAUUCUUGCCUGGUCCUGUGUAUAAUUAUGAUCAAAUGAUGAGUCGUUUCGGUUGUGAUCCGUGACAGAAUGUGAGAUGAUCAAUUCGUGUAGCUUGUACCUUCUCUUCCCCUGUUUUUCUGGUCCAUUC